AUGACGAUGAGCGACCAGGACGAUACAGCACCAAAGACACCGGAGCGCGACUUCCAACACUCCCGCCCACCAUCCCCGGAUGAUACGGCAGCGACGACACAAGAAUCAAAGGCAUCGAGAAAACGUGAAAGAGAGGUGUCUCUCGAACCAUCAACACCACAGACUCCUGUCAUCGACAUAGACCCCGAACAUGCCGGCCACAAGGAGCGGCGGACGCCGGCGAAGAAGAACCGGGUCAGCGCACAGCUUGACCCCACAGAGGAAGAAGACGAAGACUCCGUGCAGAGUUGCUCCCCUCCGCACGAUAUCAAGAUUCGUCAGAUAAGCCAGGGUGUUGAGGACAUCACCUGGCAAAACAUGCACAAGGAGCAGGUUCCCGAUGUCCGUAAGGACCACCACAUGGACGUCGCCUACGAGCAGGAGGACGAGAAGAUCGAGGCCAAGGUGGCCGGAGGUGAGGAGAUAGCCGUGCCGCCUGCAAUGCUGCAGGGUGAGAACCCUCCCAUCAUCGCUGAGGAGGAGAGUGAGAUGGACCAAGGCGGCGCCGCUGACCCCGCCGAGGUUCCUCCCGACGCGCAGUUAUCGGAUCCUGAGGACCUCACCAGUGCGGAAAUGCACCCUGAGGUCUCCAGUACCUCUACCAUCCCUCCUAUCUCGGUCUCUCCCUCCCAAACGCCCGACUCCCCUCACAUUGCAUCCCAUCCCAUUGCGUCGCCUCCUGCGUCGCCCCGUCAAGCGCCCGCGUCACCCCUUCAGGCACCCUUAUCAUCUCCGCAGGCUCCUGAUCCACUCCCUCAGGCUCCUGCAUCACCCCCUCAGGCUCCUGCAUCGCCUAUUCAGGCUCCUGCAUCGCCUAUUCAGGCUCCUGCAUCGCCUAUUCAGGCUCCUGCAUCGCCUAUUCAGGCUCCUGCAUCGCCUAUUCAGGCUCCUGCCUCGCCUACUCAGGCUCCUGAAUCACCUCUUCAGGUCCCCUUGACUCCUCCUCUGUCUCGCCGCGGGUCUGAGUCUGAUCAAGAGAAGGGCGUGAAGCGCAAGCUCGCCGACCGGACUGUGAGCGAGAGGCUUGUGCCGGAAGAGGUCUCGCACAAAGUGAACGGCGUCGUCCCCGCUGCAAGUACUGGCGCUACGAAGCGGCCGCGGGACGACCCAGAGGCCGACGCGAACCCCCGCGUCACGAAACGCCCUACGCCGCCGCCAGAUGAGGGAACGACGAGCGAGAAGUCAGAAAAGGCGGAGAAGGCGGUGGAAAAGAAUGCGGGAGAGAGUACGGCCGAGAAGAAGACACCGCCAUCCUCGACCACGGUCACGCCAAAACUGGGCGGGUUCAUGGCUUACGCGUCGACCAACUCUCCUUUUGCGUCGGUGUCUGGCGCAAGCAUAUUUGGGUCGAAGAACGCGUCUCCUUCGUCCUCUGCGUGGGCAAGCACGAGCACGAGCCCACAUCCCAGUCCAAACCUGACUGUCUCCCCGUUCUCCAGCAUCGGCAGCCCGUCAUCGCCUUUCAAGCCGUCUGAGAAGUCGGUGACUUCCCAGCUGGCGCACAAACGCACUGGCUUCGAAGCCUUUGCGUCGUCCACAUCUCCCUUCGCGUCUGUGGCCAAGCGGCCAAAGUCUCCGCCGCCUCUUUUCGGCAGGCUCGCGCGGAGCCGGUCGCCCACUCGGCCCGCGAGUACGCGCGCGACAAACGCGUUCUCGGCCUACGCGGCCGGUGGGGCACAGAGCUUCUCGGCACACUCAACGCCGAGGCGGGGAAGCCCCGUGCUGGCAGAGGCGGUAGAGGGGCAGGGGAAGCCUGCGAUUGGCCUCGGCAUUCUGGACGGCAACGGCGCGCCUGCGGACGAGGAUGGUGCGUGCACCUUUGGAGAGCGAUUGCGCGCGCAGAAGGAUGGCGAGGAGCAGAGCGAGGAAGGGCAAGCGCUGGAUCUGCAUGAGCAAGCGAUCCCAACAGGCGAGGAAGAUGAAAAGACAGUCUGCCAGGUGCGAGGAAAGCUCUUCACUCUUGACAAUGGCGCCUGGAAGGAGCGAGGCAUGGGUAUAAUGCGGCUGAAUGUACGGCGAGACAACGGGACUGGGGCGCGGCUCAUCAUGAGAAAGGAUGCGGUGUACACUGUCAUCCUCAACGCGCCGUUGUUCAAGGGGAUGCAGUGUCAGCUUCAGACAGAUCAUCGGUACUUCCGAUUUAGCAUGUUCGAAGGCACCACUACGACACACUUCAACUUGCGGUUGCAGAGUGCGAAGAACGGGAAAGACCUCGCGGACGCGAUCAAUAAACAUAUCCCCACCGAUUAG